AUGGAGGCACUUGUGACACUCUACCUCCUACCCACAACAAUCCUAUUCCUCACCGUCGCCAUCCCAGUCUUCUUCCUGAUUUCCUCGACGUCGAAAAAGCCUCGCAAAAACCUGCCGCCGAGCCCGCCGGCGCUCCCAUUCAUCGGCCACCUCCAUCUCCUCAAACCACCAGUCCACCGAGCUCUACAAAACCUCUCAAACAAGUACGGACCCAUUUACUCCCUCACCUUGGGAGUCCGAAACGCGAUCGUCGUUUCAUCCCCAUCCUUAGCCGAGGAAUGCCUCAACAAAAACGACGUCGUCUUCGCCAACCGCCCCGAAAAUUUCCUGGCGUGGGAAAUCCUCGGCUACAGCUACACCGUCAUGGGAUCCGCGCCGUACGGCCCCCACUGGCGCAACCUCCGCCGCAUCUCCGCCGUCGAGCUCCUCUCCACCGCCCGCCUCAACUCCUUCACCGAGGUCCGUCACGACGAGGUCCACCGCAUGGUCAGCGGCCUGGUCAACGAGGUCGGGUCGGGUUUCGCCAAGGUGGAGAUGCGGUCGAGGCUGGCGGGUCUCUCGAUGAACAUGUUGAUGCGGAUGGUGGCGGGGAAGAGAUACUUCGAGACAGAAGGCGGAGAAGGCGGCGAAGAAGGGGAGAAGUUCAAGGAAUUGAUAAGCGAUGUGUUUGAGCUGGCCGGCGGAACGGCGAAUCCGGCGGAUUUCUUGCCGGCGUUGAAGUGGGUUGAUUUCCGCCGGCUGGAGAAGAGGAUGCGUGGAGUUCACGCCAAGAUGGACGCUUUCUUCCAACGUUUGAUUGACGAGCAUCGGGGUAGUAAAGCGGCGGUGGAAGGUCAUGAUGACAGGCAGACGAUGAUCGAUACUAUGUUGUCUUUGCAAGAAUCUGAACCUGAAAUCUACACCGACGAAAUCAUCAAAGGCCACGUGAUGACAAUGAUACUAGCCGGUACAGACACAUCAGCGUCCACGAUAGAAUGGGCUAUGGCGCUUUUACUAAAUCACCCAGAGAUUCUCGACAGAGCAAGAGCUGAGAUAGACAAUAUUGUCGGCAAGGGCCGACUAGUAGAUGAAUCUGAUCACCCUAAACUUCCAUACAUUGAGUGCAUCAUCAAUGAGACGCUACGUCUAUAUCCCCCAGCACCAACCUUGGUGCCACACAAAUCCUCGGAGGAUUGCACAAUUGGAGGCUAUCACGUUCCUAAAGGAACAAUGUUAAUGGUCAAUGUGUGGGCUAUUCAAAGGGAUCCCACAGUAUGGGAAGAUCCUGCGCGGUUUUGGCCCGAGAGAUAUGAAGGAGAGGAGGUUGGACCCUACAAAUUGUUGCCAUUUGGUACGGGAAGAAGGUCUUGCCCUGGCGCGGGGCUUGCAAAUCGGGUAGUGAGCUUGGCUUUGAGUGCUUUGAUUCAAUGCUUUGAAUGGAGAAGAUCUAGUGAAGAGUUGUUGGAUAUGUCAGAAGGACAAGGGCUAACUAUGCCUAAGGUGAAGCCACUUGAUGCUUACUGUAAAACUCGAAAGUUUAUGAAUGAUAUUUGUGGUACACUAUGA